AUGGUCGGAUCCUCGCAGGCUUCUCCCGACGAUGACCCCGGCCCCGAGCUGGACCCCGGCGGCUUUGGUGCAGCCACAGCGGCAGCCACAGCGGCCGAGGCCGUACCAUCUGAGUCAACAUCUGAGCCAACUUCUAGUUCCGACACGGCCGGGUCGAGCACCGAGGCCGCAGCUGCAGCCGCCUUGAAAAAGGAAAAAGGCCGCGUUCGGUUCAACAGCAGCGCGGCCGCUGUCAGGCACUCAUCACCAUCACCCCCCCCGGUCCCAAACACCCCCAAGCUUUCGCCGGCACCGCCUGCCAGGCCGUCUAUCCUGCGCGGUAGCUCAGGCAGCUCUAUCCCGACCGUGGCUGCCCUGGCCAAAGAUGAGCCUCGCUCUUCUCAGGAUACGGAGCGCCAAGAGGCCAAAUCCGCCGCCGCCGCCGCCCAAGAACGAGCGCGUCAGAUGGCUGCCAACGUCCGGCUGGGCUCGCCGGCCCGCGAGAGCCGAGACUCCAUCGACUCGGCCAUCACAACGGCGACCAGCGAGCCCGAGAACGGCCCCAGGGACAGCACCGGGGAGGACAUCGCACUCAACGACCUCCAACCCCGUCCGUCUCUCAACGGUGAGAAGGCCGCCGAGGAACUCAAGCUGCACGAGCACCAGGCCGCCCUCAACGAAGAGGCGUACAAGAUUGUGAGAGCCCACACCUGGCGCCUCGCCGAGAAGUCCGACGGCGAGCCCGGGCCGUCCAACGCCCAGGAUGCCGAGACGACAAAGGCCACCGACCAUCUCCUCCGGGAGGUCAACGACGGCCAGUACGACGGGGUGUACUCCGUCCCGGCGCCCACGCAGUAUCGCGGCAGCGUCCUUUCGCAGCUCCUGAAGCUGUACAAGCCCGCCGAAGCGGGCGGCCAGUACGGGCAGACCAGCGGCCAGGGCCGGCGCAACUCCUUCUCCUUUGGCGGGACGCUCUCGGGCACCAGCACCCCCGGCUCCAAUUCAGGCACCGCGACGCCGACGACGCCCAGGAGGAAGUGGUACGAGGCGGACCGCUCGCAGGAGACCCUGGUCAACCUCAUCGAGGCCUCGGCCCGCCUCGCGAACCCCAACAUCCAGAAACGCGCCGAGUCGCCCGAGGCCAAGGGCUCCAAGGACGCCGGCAAGGCGGCCGGCAAGAAGACGCGGCACAAGAACAAGCGGUCCCAGAGCAACUCGCGCCUCAGCGCCUACCUGCAGAGGCAGGAGGAGGAGGCCAAGAUCACCAUCCACAUCGCCGAGACCCUGUCGAGGCAGGAGUACAUCAUCACCCUCUGCAGGGCGCUGAUGCUCUUCGGCGCGCCCACCCACCGCCUCGAGGAGUACCUCAGCACCACCGCCAAGGUGCUCGAGAUCGACGGCCACUUCCUGUACCUGCCCGGGUGCAUGAUCAUCUCGUUCGACGACCGGUCGACCCACACGACCGAGGUGCGCAUCGUCCGCGUCGCCCAGGGCAUCGACCUCGGCAAGCUCCGGGACACGCACGCCGUCUACAAGGAGGUCAUCCACGACGUCGUGUCCGUCGACGAGGGCAUGGAGCGCCUCGACACCCUCAUCAAGGCCAAGGACAAGUUCCACGCCUGGGUCCGCGUGCUCGUCUUCGGCCUGACGAGCGCCACCGCCGCCCCGUUCUCCUUCGGCGCCCGCCUCAUCGACCUCCCGCUCUGCUUCUUCUUCGGCUGCCUCGUCGGCUUCCUCCAGCUCAUCGUGGCCGCCAACUCGUCCCUGUACAGAAACGUGCUCGAGGUCACGGCCACCGUCCUGGUAAGUUUCCUCGCCCGCGCCUUCGGGAGCAUCAUGGGCGGCAACCUCUUCUGUUUCUCGGCCAUGGCCCAGGGCGGCAUCGUCAUGCUUCUGCCCGGAUACGCAGUCUUGUGUUCCGCCCUCGAGCUCCAAUCCCGCGCCAUCGUCCCCGGCUCGAUCCGCAUCGUCUACGCCAUCAUCUACUCCCUGUUCCUCGGCUUCGGCAUCACGAUCGGCGCCUCCAUCUACGGCAUGUUCGACAAGAACGCCGUCUCGACGACCAGCUGCACGGACCCGAUCCCCAGCUACUACACCUUCAUCUUCGUCCCCCUCUUCGUGCUCUGCAUCAGCAUCCUGUACCAGGCGAAGUGGCGCCAGAUGCCCGUCAUGCUCGUCGUCGCCUUCGCCGGCUACGUCGUCAACUACUUCAGCAGCCUGCGCUUCAGCGCCGCCCCCCAGGUCGCCAACACCCUCGGCGCCCUCACCGUCGGCGUCCUGGCGAACCUCUACUCCCGUCUGAGGCACGGCGUCGCCGCCGCCACGCUGAUCCCGGCCAUCUUCACGCAGGUGCCCGGAGGCCUGGCGUCCACGGGGGGACUGCUCAGCGGGCUGAGGACGGCCAAUGCGCUCACGAACUCGACCCACGCCGUCAACGGCACCACUUCCGUCCACUACUCCGAGGGCGAGUCCCUGAACACCGUCGUCUUCAAUGUCGCCGCCUCCAUGAUCCAGAUCGCCAUCGGCAUCGCCGUCGGCCUCUUCAUCAGCGCCCUGAUCAUCUACCCGCUCGGCAAGCGUCGCAGCGGCCUGUUCAGCUUCUAA